AAAAGUUUUAAAAGAAAAAACUUAUAAUUUAAUAGAAAAAUUAGAUUUACAAAAAAAAAUAAAUUUUAAAUUAAAAAAAGCAUCACCUAAAAAAACAAAAAAAAACAAAAAUUUAAGAAAUAUAAGAAAAAAUGUCUCUGCUAAACACAAAAUUUGAGAUUAAAUUUACUGCUAACAUUAUUUUUGUGCUUUAAUUAUAUAUAAUAUUUAUUACUAUCUUUUACUUGAAUGACUAUCCUGUGCUAGAAAUGAUUUACUGCUUACCAAUUAUAGCUUUCUUUUAGUUUAUUUAAUAUCUCCUCUUUUGGUGUCCUUACGAAAAUUGCUUAACAUCUUUUCUAACUAUUAAUAUUUCUUGUUUUGUAAUCAGCUUAGGUUUAUUUUUAGGCAUUUUUUUAGGGAUAUUUAAUUAAACAUUAUAGUAUCAAUUUGAAGAAAUCUAAGAGUGUUCAGUUGUAGGUAAGUUUUCGACAUAUUAUGAUGAAUUUCCACCUUUAUCUAGUGAAAAAUACUCAAUUCUAUAUAUUGAUUUUUAGAUGGAUGGUCAAAAAUUUUUAGGUUAUGGUUGCUUGUCUUCAUAGUCUUAAGGUACUACUUCAACAACGAUUUAACAGCAUAAUCCUCUUACAUUUUUGCAUUAUGGGGAAAAUCAUUGUGAUUAAGGAUAAUGCUCUACUCCAUAUAAAUUUAGCUAAGUGAAACUACCUAGCUGGAUGUGCCUACCAUUCGAUACUAAUUACGAGGAUUUAGUUAAGACUAAAAAUUGUUAUGUGCAUUUUUUUAAUAGUAGAAUUGAAAAAGGUCAACCUAAAAACUAAGCUUACUUAAAUUCUAAAAGCAGAGUAAAUGUUAGAGAUUUAGAGCAAUUCGCACUCAUAUCUUUCAAGAGGCUUAAUGCCCCUUUUUCUUAGUACUUUGCAUUCUUAGUAUUUACUUUUUGUCCUUUUAUUUCCUCAACAAAUGUAUUAUUUAUAGGAUUAAUUGGAUAAUUAGAAAAAUAUAUCAAAUCUAUUACUAAUUAAGUAAAAACAUAAAAUAAUAUAAAUGUAUUUAAUGAAAUAGAAAUGGUAUGAUAAUAUUUUUAAAAUGAAUUAAUAAAAAUUUAUACAUAAGCUUGUAUUAUUAAUAUAAAUAAAAAAUGCUUAUAUGAUUUUUAUAUUUAGUAAUUAUUGUUUAAGAAAAAGAUUUGUAUUCAUUUAUUUUGAUUUUAAAAUACUGGAU